AUGCCGCAAAAAUUCGAUAAAGAUAUUGAAAAUAGAAACACCAUAGAAGAAAGCGAACUAACGAACAGUUUUACGGAAAAACCGAAAAACCGAAAUAGCUAUCACCAGAACGUGGAGGAAGCCCUCAGUUCUCUUCUAUGGCAACCGUACGAAUACCAAAACAACAAUAAUACGCCGUACGACUUUUGUGGAAAUGGCAAUUACGAAGAAUCCUAUUCAUCAUGUUCUUAUACGCCCUCUUCGUCUCCACUCAGCCUCGACCUUGACGACAACGCCGAUUCAACCGCCGCCACCAGCCCGUCCAGCACAAAGAGACCCGCACCAUCUCCGACGUUGCCGCGAUGCACCGCGGUACCACCGCGAGACCUACAUUCAGAUGUUAUUAACCUGGAGCGGACACCGUACUUGCACCAAUGGGACGUCGAGGAGCGGUCACGUGGCCGCUCGCUGCGGCGAUCGAGCAGCGCGGCAGUUCCGCUCGCCAGUUCGCACUCAGACGCAAUCGCGCGCGCUUCGACCGUCGCGACGCCCCCGACGUCAUGCAGUGAUGCCUGUACCAGCGCGAUUUCAGGUAGUUUCAAUAUGCAAAACGGCGCGAGUACCCAAACCGGUGUCACAGACGGAGGGUCGCAACAGGCCCAGGCGCUCAAACCCCCAACGGACAAUUCUUUGAAUGCGGUCAAUAUCGUCGGUCUGCCGAGGUUUCAAAACGGCCACAUUGCGGCAAGUAGGUCGCAAAACUCCGCCGCCGGCUAUCCGCAACACUUCAGAAACGUGUCCGAGCCCGCGACGCAGUUCUUUAGGUAUCCCUCGGGUGGUACCGUACCGACAGUUCAUCAAAAAACACAAGGAAACUCCGUCGGAUCCGGUAAUCCUACGGACCAACACAACCUGCAACUAAUUAACCAUUUCCGGAGUAGUAGUGUGCCUAAAUCCAUCGCUUUAGCUUCUAAAUAUGAUGUGACAACCAGUUCGGGUCCACAGAACAAUUUACGUACGAGUAAUAGUUCGACAUUACUCCAAACUCCAUCGGUAGUGAAUAACAAUGGUGUUCAAGCUAAUGCCACAAGAUUAUUGCAUACUAGAUCGCUAGUGUCACCUCAAAGUUCAGCGCAGGAGGAUGGUGGCAUUCAAAAUGUUAAACCUUCGCCAACAAAAUCUCUUCCAUCUUCAAUACUGCCUGCUGCACCGAACAAUGCCAACAUUAGCAACAUAAAUGUGAAUUUCUAUCGAGCAGUUCCUGUCAACGUAGUCGGUUCGGUACCAACGAUUCAUUGUAUGAAUACCUUAUCUAACAAUGAAGGAAAUAGCGUUUCAAACGUACAGGUACUGCCUCUGGGCAAUAACAACCAACAGCUAGCGUUACCCAAUGCUGCACAUUCUAGUUUUGUUAAUAGCGCACAGCCACAUGGAUUAUCAAAUAGGACUGGUAUUCAUAGCACCCAAGUGACGGUUCGGAACACAAAUGCCAUUCAAAUCGGUCACGCCGCUGUUGACAGUAAGAUCCUCACGACCACGGUCGGUUAUCCCGAAUCGAGUUACAAAAAUACCGUUUCCGGUACUACUGUCGGAAAUGUUAUCAUUCACAACGGUACGGAGAGCGUGCGAAGUGCCUCCGGGCUUCAGGUUACUGGGAUCAGUGGUCAAGAAGUCAACCGAGCCGCGUUGCACAAUAAGGUCGUACCGACGACGACGACGAAUUUGUUUACAGGUGACGUAACGCAUACUGCGGGUGUCCCUGUCAGCAACAAUGUGGUUCAGAUACAGACCAACGCCGGCGUCAACGCGAUUCGUUCACCUGUCUUCAUUUCUGAAGUACCAUAUCAGCAAGGAGGUCGAAUAAUAACCACAACGGCACAGAUAAAUAGUAACGCGAUGGAAGGAAAUGUUUCGAAUGCUACGCAAGGAUUAAACAAUAGUUAUUCGGGGAAUGGUACGAAUAUAGUACGGACAAGGACUUUUACCAGUACCGAGGCACAAACGGACGAUAUCUUGCCUGUGACUCAAUGCACUUUAGCUCAAAACCAACCCGCUAGGGAGCAAAGAAGACGGGAACGAAGAGAGAGGAGACAGAAUCGUAGAGCAAACAGUCAACUGGUUUCUAGGAAUACCCACGAUAGCGGUAUCCAAACUGGAUCUACUAACAUCACCCCAUCCCACAACAACCAAUCGUCAUCCAACGAAAGUCGUCUUCCAGAUAUCCUGAAUAGCCAUCUCCCGCCGCCUUAUACGCCUUUGCCCAACGCACAAAACACCUCCCUUAUUCCGCCGGUACCGCCGCAGAUUCUACCGCCCCCGCCACCGCCGAUGGUGCCAGGGGCGGUGAUGCCAAAUCAUCACGCGUCCAUACUGCAAACGGUUGUUCCGAACGGGGUUCCCGCGAGUGCCUUUGUGUUUCCCGCGCCCCAGCAAAUGGCCCCCUUGAUGCAGGGGGCCGCUCCGGUACCUGUGGCAGUACCCGCCACCGCAGCGGGUGGAUUUAGAUUUGGAUUAGCUCCGAGCGCUUUUAGAAGAUCGAGAUUUUCCGAAGAUUCACCCAAAGGAUGUUGCGGGUUCCUGUCUUGGAAGCCGGGAUCCCUCAGAUGGUUUAUAGCUUUAAUAGCCUUGGUGGCUGUAUGUUGUGUCCUGGUAGGAACAGCCUUGGGUGCCAUGAGACCUGCGGGACGAGAUCACUUGACAGUUUCUCUACUAAUGAUCGGUGUUGGAAUUGUACUGAUUACAGUCAGUGGAGUAGCGUGGCGAUUGACAUCCCACGAUUCAUCAACCUGCAGGUCGAUGUUAGGAUUAGGAUCUACAGAAUCAGUUGACGUUUGUACUAGACGUUUCGUGCCCAGAUUGCCUCCCUCAUACGGGCGUCCACACCAUCCUUAUGCAGCGAUGAUGUAUCCCGAAUUUCAAUAUAGACCGCCUCCACCAAGCUAUCAAGCUUCAAUGCAAGAAUACAGACUAAGACUUCUUCUCUUGGACAGAGGGAAUACUCCUCAAAUUCAAGCUGGCAUUCAGAAUGCCGUAUCUCCUCCACCAACAUAUAGAAGUCAUGCCGGCAGUCUCCUCAGGGCACCGCUGUCUAGUAGAAGAGAUGCUACCCAAUCAGAAUACAGCUGUCCGCCAUCAUACCGGUCUAUGAACAGUUCAAACAGACCUGGUACUCUUCAAAAUGGUUCCAUACUGCAUUCGAGGGAUCCGUCUUUGACUUUGUCGGAUUCUAAUCACGAAUCGGUUGUUAACGUGGUAAAUAUUCUGGGCAGUACCGAGGAAGAUAUAGCCCUAGACAACAUCACCUUGGAUAGCUUAAAAAUGGAACCCGAAUCGACAGAUAUCAAUCCUUUGAAAAUGCUACUGAAGGGCAGCCAACAUGAACUGGAAGGAUCGAAGGAUGGCAACCUCGUCACCAUAGUUCAAACGAAUGACCAGAGUCCGGUGAUAGUGACUGUUAGCGGGUGUUCGCAAGACAAUAGUUCUAGUGUACAAAUUACAGAAAUACCAACCGAAAUGGAGAUACUGGCACAUUUAUAGUUGAGGGUUAUGAUAGAUUGGUGGACUAUUUAAUGAAUAUUAUUUUUUUUAUCGACAAAAUUUCAUAUCUUCACAUUUAUUUUUUUUAUCAAUACUAGUUCAGUCAUUGGGGAUUUUUGCUUGGAAAAAAGUCCGGAAUAG